AUCACCCCUCAACUUCAGACACGAACCAACUCCACCAAGAAUCGCCUAACACCAUGAGCACACAGAUCAGUCUUGACGCCUUGCCUUAUGUCGACAAACAAAUUGACGAGCCAGGUGUCCGUACCUUGGUCGACAAGUUAAUCGCCUCAGAGAUGAAGCGCAUGCCCAAGCCUACGCGCGAUGUCUCUGAUAUCGAACUUUUCAAAGACAAUGAACUUCUCCAACAGGAGUUCGAUCGCAUUAGGAGAGGAAAGCCCAUGGAGCCAAAACUCGAUCUCUCGCGCUAUCAACUCGAACCACCCUCUGCCACAUCCUCGACAUCAACAGCAACAGUAUCAGCAACAUCAUCAAAACAAACAACAACAGGAUCAGAAUCAGGAUCAACUGAUACAAUAACGCCCUCUGCAUCUGAAGAGCUCCCAGAGGGUCGUAUCCUGUGGCUCAAGGCCCUCGAUAACGCGAACGCGCAGCUCGAACACCAGAACCAACGUAUCCUGAACCUCGAACUCGUCCAAAAGUUUGGAGGCAACGCCUGGAACAUUCAUAAUUAUCAGAUGGAAUACGAUCUCUCUUUGCUCCGGAAGGCCGUUGAUGACAAGCGAGCCGAGGUCAUUGAACUCAACAAACUCAGAAAGCGCGAUCAGCUGGACGUCGCGGAGUCGUUACAGAGGCUGGAAGCCAAAUGGGCAGAGAUGAUCAGCUCAACAUUGCAGGUUGAGGUCGCCAGCGCAUCAUUGGAAGCCGAGUUGGAGCAACUGAGAGCUUAUGAGGCCAACUUGAGAAAGGAACUCGACAUGCCUCUUGCUCAGCAAUAAAUUUCGACUUCACCGCAACUCCUUCACGUCCUAUAAUAAACGUACGAUAUAUGAGG